GCAGUGUCCAGAGCCCUGCGCAGGCGCGGGAGCCCUGUCGUGGCGCCGGCGUGUGUCCGCGCGGUCCGGCCUCUUCUCUCCGGGCCGAGCGGGCUCGUGGCGCCGCUGGCGCGUACCGGCCGCAGCGGUCAUGGGGAAGCUGAACGUGGUGAUGCUCCGGUACCUCUCCAGGGAGCACUUCAGGGUCCUGACCGCGGUGGAAAUGGGCAUGAAGAACCAUGAAAUAGUACCUGCUAGCUUAAUUGCUUCCAUUGCCAGCCUUAAACAUGGUGGCUGUAAUAAAAUUUUGAGAGAGUUGGUGAAGCACAAACUUCUGGCUUAUGAACGAACUAAAACUUUCCAGGGUUAUCGGUUAACUAAUGCAGGAUAUGAUUACCUUGCUCUGAAAACUCUGUCUUCCCGACAAGUCAUAAAUUCUGUUGGAAACCAGAUGGGUGUUGGCAAAGAAUCAGAUAUUUACAUUGUUGCAAAUGAAGAGGAGCAGCAGUUUGCAUUGAAAUUACAUAGGCUUGGAAGAACUUCCUUUCGCAGUCUGAAAAAUAAACGCGACUACCACAAGCACAGACAUAAAAUGUCAUGGCUGUAUUUAUCCCGGCUAGCCGCAAUGAAGGAGUUUGCCUAUAUGAAGGCUUUGCAUGACAGAAAAUUUCCUGUUCCAAAACCUGUAGACUACAACAGGCAUGCAGUUGUUAUGGAACUUAUUGAUGGCUAUCCUUUAUGCCAGGUGCACCAAAUGGAAGAUCCUGCCUCUGUCUACAGUGAAUUAAUGGAUCUAAUUGUAAAACUUGCCAGUCAUGGUUUGAUUCAUGGUGAUUUCAAUGAAUUUAAUCUUAUAUUGGAUAAUGAUGAUCGUGUCACUAUGAUUGAUUUUCCUCAGAUGAUAUCAACUUCACAUGCAAAUGCUGAAUGGUAUUUUGACAGAGACGUUAACUGUAUUAAGGAGUUCUUUAAGAAACGCUUCAACUAUGAGAGUGAGCUCUUCCCAGCUUUCAAAGAUAUCAGGAGAGAGUGUUCUCUUGAUAGAGAAAUUGCUGCCAGUGGCUAUACAAAAGAAAUGCAGGAAGAUGGUGAACUGCUUUACCCACCAAGUUCUGAUGAGGAUGAUAAUACAACAGAUGUAUCAGAAUUUGUAGAAGAUGCUGAUGAUAAGAUCAACUUCUUCAGCAAAGAUAAAGAAAACAAUGCAGACUUCAUGUAUAAAGUGGGUGAUUUCUCUGAAAGCAGAAUCUCUAACGACUUUAUGGAUAGCAUUGAGGAGACUGGUUCAACUGAAAGUCAUGAAAAUACACAAAGGCUGAACAUGUCAAAGUUGAGUUCAGCCUUAGAAAAAGUUGAAGGUGAAGCUACGCUUUGGAAGUCUGGUGAAGAUGCAGAGAGUUGUCCGGUUGCUUUUUUUGAGGGCAAAAGCAUAACUGAAAAUGCUGCUGAAGUCGAAAAUCAGACAGGUCAAGAAGGGUGCCGUAAUGAUAUGGAGGAUGGAGACAAAUGCCCUGACCUGGUGGACUUAUCAACUUUAAAUGAGAAAUUCAGGGCUUACAGAAACGAGAAUAUCGUUCAUAUUGCUGAGCACAGAACAAGGACUAAAAGUACUACAUCAGAGAGAAGUGUUGGGAGCUGUUCAACCAUUCCACAGGAACUGGUGAAACAGAAGAUAAAACGACAACUGACCAAACACCAAAAGUCUGCUCUGAGGCAACGGCUGCAAAAAGGAGAGGCAAAUAUUUAUACCAAACAACGUAGAGAAAAUAUGCACAAUAUUAAGUCAAGCUUGGAUGCAGCUAGUUUCUGGGGAUAAUUAGAGCUCCCAGAGAACAUGAGAGAACUCAUAAUGUAUGCAUUUGAAAGAAUUAUUCUAAUAACCAAUAAUCUGUUUAUAUAAUGGAUCAAUCUCUACAAACAAAUAUUUUUCUGGAAGUUAAUAAAACUCAUUCUGGUUC